UUAUCCUGCCCUCACUGUACUCUAUGAGAUCAUGUAUCAGAUGUCCGCCUCUUGCACUCGACACGAAGAAGAAGGUCAAGAAUGCCACAUAGACACCCGUGGAAAGGACUUUCGGAUAGCGAACCGACGCGACUUGACAAGUUUGGAACCUGCUUUGUAAGUCACCCACUCGUCUCCCUGCGACCUCGCCAUAAAGAGGUCCAUGUUUAUAAUGCAUUCGGUCGUUCACCGAACCGCUGGAAGUGGUACAAAAGGUCGAGACGUGUCCUUCAAAAAGAACAUCAUCACCCACCCCAGAGAGCACUCACAUCCUCUCCUCGAACAUGUCGCAGAAGCAGAUUAAGCCUCUCGUCGUCGUCUUUGGCGCCACCGGCGAAACGGGCCAGCGCAUUGUCGAAGGUCUGCUUCGCAGCAAAGCAUUCCGCAUCGCCAUUGUCGCCCGCGAUCUCUCGAAGCCCGCCGCCUCCAGGUUCGCCGAGCAGGGCGCCGCCAUCCACAAGGCGGACCUAUUGUCCGCCACGCAGGAGAGGCUCGAGGAGAUCCUCGCCGGCGCGGACAUCGCCAUCGCAGCCCUCCUCCCCAACUGCAUCGAAGCGCAAAAGAAAAUCGCCGACGCGGGCAAAGCCGUCGGCAUCAAGCGCUUCGUGCCCAACGACUUCGGCCCCAGCUGCCCCAAGGGCGUGAUGAUCCUGCAGGACAGGAAACUCGCCAUCCACGAGUACAUCGAGUCCAUCGGCCUCGGCCACACGUACAUCGAGAUCGGCUGGUGGAUGCAGCUCACCGUCAUCUUCCCCGCGCACAUGAACUCCGCCACCGCGGACAUGGCGCGCAACCUGAUCGGCACCGGCGACGUCCCGUUCGCGGUCGCCGACGAGUUCCACAUCGGCGACUACGUGGCGCGCAUCAUCCAGGACGAGCGCACGCUGAACAAGAAGGUCUUCGUCUGGGAGGAUGAGGUGACGCAGAACCAGGUGUGGGACCUCGCGGUGAAGAAGUACGGGGAGGGCAUCCUCGAGAACAUCAGGAAAUUGGCGGAUUCCGCAUUUUGGCGUGCGGGCAUCACGAGGUCACGCAGUCUGGUCGGGAGAACGCUACACGCCGUGAAGACCGGUGGUCCUUCGCAGAUGAUGCUGCGCUACCUGUAUGAGUACUGGGACAGCUUGUUCCAACGGGGCGACAACACGCUGGCGAAGGCCAAAGCGAACGGUGCCAUUGACUACCGGGACCUCUACCCGGACAUCAAGCCACGCACCUUCGCCGAAUACGUGGAGAACCUCGGCGACGAACCCUACGUACCGCCCCAGCUGGAGAGAACUAUCGAGUAG